AUGAUGUCCUCCAUCCUCGCGUCCAAAUCCCCUGUUACUGAAGUUUUUCCCACAGAGGGGUCAGUGGAUCACUCAACCUUAUAUGAUCCACUCUUGGAGGAGGAUUACCCAUCAUUGGAGAAUAAUAAAAUUCCUCCACUGUCACCAAAGGAUAGCACUAAUCCCAACAAUAUUGUUCCACAUGGUGGGGGUGAAGAUGGAGACAUGCCUAAUGAAAUUCUCCUUGGUACUCUGGGACGUGAACCCAGCAAGGAUGUUGGCAUCGCAUAUGCUGAAGGAGGCAUCACUGGUAAGCCUAGUCCACAAUAUCUAACAGGAAGGUCAUGGGAUGACAUCACUUAACACUUCCUAAUACGGGCUUGAACAGGACUUCAUAGUGGGGACGAUGUUCAGCGUAAUGUCCUAAGACUGCAAAAAAAAUUCGAAGCUCAUAUUAGGAAUAUAACAAUAAUAUGCUUAGAGGUCCCCCAACUACCCUAUUUCACAUAAUACAGUGGACUGACUUAUCAGUACUAAACAUUGUGGGUCUUGUGACAUCUAAUUUUUCCCUCCUCCCAUA